AUGCCAGGUCCUACUCUUCCAACCCCGGAGCAGGUCGCAUAUAUGCAAGAGCAUGCAAGCGACAACAUCGUUCCCAACCUCAUCGCCUGUGCUACGAUAUGUCCCAUCUUGGCCACAAUAUUCGUUGCUUUCCGCCUGUGGUCCCGACGAAUCAACCAUGGCCGCUUGAAGCUGGACGCCAGCGAUUACCUGUCCAUCGCUGCCUGGUUAUUUCUCAUCGACGAAAACAUCUAUGCGGUCGUCUUGGCAUUGCUGAAGUUCAGCAUCCUGAGCCUGUACCGGAAACUGUUUGGCAACACGCGCUGGCUAUACAUUCUCUCCUGGGCUGUCACCGCCUUGGUCGCCGAGUUGGCGCUGCAGGUGAUCAUAGCUACCAACUUGCAGUGCAUUCCGAUCUCGGCUACCUGGGACCCGUCGAUACAUGGCAAAUGCAUCAACUACGGCGUCGAGGCCCUCGUGGCCUACAUCAUCAACAUAUCCACCGAUAUCACCAUCUUGUUGAUGCCGAUCCCAGUUGUUCGGAAACUUCAAGCGUCCAAGUCAAAGAAGCGAGGGCUACUGGCCGUCUUUGUCGCCGGCGGAAGCGCUUGUAUCGUCAGCAUGGUCCAGCUUCGCUACAUCACCAAUCUGGGCAGUACUGCAGAUGGCAGCUGGGACAGCAUGCCGUCUAUCUUCCUGGCUGACGUGGAGAUCAUGGUCGGAUUCCUCGCGACUUCGAUCGCGACAUACCGACCGCUAUACCGCCGCGUCUUCAAGGGCAUCGUACCGUCCAGCUCGCAAAACUACAGGCCCGGGUACUCGGACGGCUCGAGACGUUACAACCACGUGACGAGGAUAUUCGCGGGUGGCAAGCCGACGGAUCACAGCUCGAGCACUAAUAACUCGCGUGGCAUUGUCGUCACCGACCAGAUCGAGCUUAUCCGCACGACACAGCCAGCGGGAUCCUACGACGGCACUACUGGGCCAGCAGGAUAUUACGACGGCACUACUGGGCCAGCAGGAUAUUAUGAAGGCACUACUGGGCCAGCGCCAUCCUACGACGGCACUACUGGCGGUCGCACAAGGGAUCCUUCUAUGGCGUAA